CUUUGCCAGUUAACCCGUUACCAGAGUAAAUUCAGUAAAUAGUUCAACUGAAAUUGUUACUAUGGCAUCAAUAUGAAUCGUUGUUGAAAUUACCUCCGAGUAAAGCUAGCAGGUCUACGCCUCUUUUUUACUGUGCACAUGUAACAUUUGUAGGAUUUCCUUCACACAGUUUAAACCGUAGUAGGUCAUGUAAACUAAGUACGUAGCUAGCUAGUUACAGUGAGUUAGAAAGCAAGGUGCUAGAUACUUCAGACGACUGCUAUCCAUCGCUACCGCUACAAGACUAUUGUCUGCCCACCCGGCUACUGAUCCUUUCAAUGGCUGCUGCAAACAAACGUACGCUAUCGGGCAUCGAAGAUGUGAGAGACAGAAAAGCAAAGGUUAUUAAAGACAGCGGUGAGAAGAGACACAUCGCAGCCCUGAUCCUGGCGAGGGGAGGCAGUAAGGGGAUCCCCCUGAAGAAUAUUAAAAUGCUCGCCGGUGUCCCCCUCAUCGGAUGGGUUCUGAGAGCUGCAGUGGACUCCAAACAGUUUGACAGUGUGUGGGUAUCAACUGACCAUGAUGACAUUGAGAAGGUAGCCAAGGCAUGGGGAGCUCAGGUUCACCGCAGGAGCCCAGAGGUGUCCAAAGACUCCUCCAGCUCUCUUGACACCAUCCAGGAAUUCGCCCGAUUAAACCCAGAGGUGGAGGUGAUCUGUCACAUCCAGGCCACGUCUCCCUGCCUGCACCCCUUCCACCUGAAGGAGGCCCUGGAGAUGAUCACCAAGCAGGGCUUCACGUCCGUCUUCUCCGUGGUCCGACGACACCACUUCCGCUGGCAGGAGGUGAAGAAAGGAGGUAGUUUAGCCACCCAGCCUCUGAAUUUAGACCCGUGUAACAGGCCCCGGAGACAGGACUGGGAUGGAGAGCUGUGUGAGAACGGAUCUUUCUACAUUUAUACCAGAGCGACGAUAGAGAGAGGCCUGCAGGGGGGGAAGUGGGCUUACUAUGAGAUGCUGCCAGAGUACAGUGUGGAUAUUGAUGUGGAUAUCGACUGGCCCGUGGCAGAACAGAGAGUACUGAGGUUUGGUUACUUUGGCCUGGACAAGCCUGAGGUGGUGCGUCUGCUGCUGUGUAACGUCUCCGGCUGUCUGACUGACGGCCGCGUCCUCAUCUCUGUCUCUGGAGAGGAGAUGGUCUCAGUCAACACCAGAGAUACUAUGGGUAUCCGCAUGCUGCAGAGAGAGGGGGUGGAGGUGAUCCUGAUCUCGUCCGGUGAGGACCCUGUGACCAAGGCCCUGGCUGACAAUCUAUCCCAGAGGACAGGCUGUGAGGUCAGGCAGCUGGGCAAGGACAUCCAGGGUGAGGUCACAGCCAUGAUGGACGACAGGGAUCUGGACUAUUUCAUCCCUCCAUCUCUCCCUCCUACAGGUAAUGAUGCACCAGAUGUUGACUGUCUGAUCCUGGCUGGGCUGAGUGCAGUACCCCGGGACGCCCCAGUGGUGGCGAUCAACGCUGCUAAAUACUCCUGCCACAGUGCUGCAGGCCUGGGGGCUGUGAGGGAGUUUUCUGAACACAUCCUGCUGCUCAAGAAGAAGGCCAAGUCUCAGAUGGAACAGGAUCCACAGAAAUACAUCUAA